GCGGAGCGGCCGCCACCCGCCCGGCGGGGCGGUGCGGAGCCGAGCGAGGAGCGGAGCGCGGCGGCUGCCGCUGCCUGGAUGCCAGAAGCGCCUCUGGAGCCAGCGGCCGGCGGCACCCGGGAGGGCCCGGGAGAGGAGGAGGAGGAGGCGACGGUGACGGAGGCGGAGGAGGACUCCGGGCGCGGAGGGGAGGAAGCAGGCAGCGCUUGCCAUGGCCUCCAACUUUAACGAUAUAGUCAAGCAGGGCUACGUAAAAAUCCGCAGCAGGAAGCUGGGGAUUUUUAGGCGUUGCUGGUUGGUUUUCAAGAAGGCUUCCAGUAAAGGACCCAGGAGGCUAGAAAAAUUUCCAGAUGAGAAAGCAGCAUAUUUCAGGAACUUUCACAAGGUAACUGAGCUGCACAAUAUCAAAAACAUAACCAGAUUGCCUCGAGAGACAAAGAAGCAUGCAGUGGCAAUUAUCUUUCAUGAUGAGACAUCAAAGACAUUUGCGUGUGAGUCAGAACUAGAGGCAGAGGAGUGGUGCAAACAUCUUUGCAUGGAAUGUCUAGGGGCCAGGCUCAAUGAUAUAAGUCUUGGGGAACCAGAUUUGCUUGCUGCUGGAGUCCAGAGAGAACAAAAUGAACGAUUCAAUGUAUACCUUAUGCCUACACCAAAUUUAGAUAUCUAUGGGGAAUGUACAAUGCAGAUCACACAUGAAAACAUCUAUCUCUGGGACAUCCACAAUGCCAAGGUCAAGCUGGUCAUGUGGCCUCUGAGCUCUUUGAGGAGAUACGGACGUGACUCAACGUGGUUUACAUUUGAGUCUGGAAGGAUGUGUGACACAGGAGAAGGACUGUUCACCUUUCAAACACGAGAAGGAGAAAUGAUAUAUCAGAAAGUCCAUUCUGCAACACUGGCAAUAGCUGAGCAGCAUGAAAGAUUAAUGAUGGAAAUGGAGCAGAAGGCAAGGCUCCAGACCAGUCUGUCUGAACCAAUGACUUUAUCCAAGUCGAUCUCACUUCCUCGUAGUGCGUAUUGGCAUCACAUCACCCGGCAGAACAGCGUUGGAGAAAUCUACAGUUUACAAGGUCACAGCCUCGGCUCAGCGAAGGUGUCCCGGGCGCAGACAUUUCCCAGCUACCCGUCGGAGCAGGGCGAGGAGCACCAGCAGUCGCUGUCGCUGGCCAGCAGCUACGCCUUCAGCUACGGCUCGGGGCUGGUGCAAUGACAGCCGGGGGCUGCCGGCCGAGAUGGACAGAUGAGCCUGGAGCCUCCCGCCAGGGCCGGGGAGCCGCUGGCCCCCUCUGCACCCACCAUUUGCCGUGAAAACUGAUGCCUACCAGCUCCAGCCGGGGCACCGCCAAUGCGGAAACCCGGAGAGGCGGCUUCCCCGAAGCAGAGGCUAAGUCUUUCUUUAUUUAUUUUGCCGUUCCUUUUGUCGAUAUGUUCAGAAAGGAGGGGGUUGGGGGGUUGGGGGGAGGGAGGAAGGGGGACACGUCUGUGUUGUAAGAAAGUGGUGGAAACAAAUGAAACUGUAUUGGUUGGUGUGAAGGUUUCUGCAUGACCAGAGAAGGUCCCUUCUGGGGCUUCAUUGCAGUGGCGCAUUUGACACUGGGGCCUUCCUUCCCGCCCUCCCUUCAGCAGGCCAGCCUGUCUUCAUCCACAACUUCUGUAGGUCCUUGCCACAGCCUACAACUCCCACUGGCGUCGCUGAAAUGUCGCUAGCUCAAGAUGCAGUGUCAGAGCUGCAGGGGUCACCUUCGGAUCCGAGUGGGUUCACUCACUGCCCUAGAGGUUGGUUGGGUGUUUUUUGAGCCAGACACCAACAAGUACUGGGGUAGCAGGCUGAUAUGUUUUGUCAGGAAUAGGGUUUGAUGCAUUAAGGUAAGGUUAUUGCCUGGUCCAGCUCUAAUCUUAAAUUCCUGGGGCACAAAUUCAUCCCUUUCACAUGCAAUUCUCAUGAUGCCCCUAAGAUCUGUGAACAUCCCUACAAGCAGCACAGUCUUGUCCUCAGAACUGCUGCAAAGUCUUCUUGUUCGCAAACUAUUUAGGUAACCAUGCCUGCAAGCCUAACUUAAAAAGCGGGAAAUUGUUCUUCAAACAAAAAAAAGUGGGCCACUUGCCCAGCUGGCAACCACCCACAGCUGGGCCAGACGUGGUAGAGCCGAGCUGUGGUCUUGUCCUUCUGGUCAGCGUUACUUUGAUUUUCUGUGUUUCCUUCUCAGAUUUCUGUUCUAGAUGCACAUUGUAUCUUGUAUGAUCACGUGUCAAUCAUCUGUUUACUUUCAAAAGGAGGAUGAGUACCUCUCAAUGGAAAUUUUCUGUCUUUGGAAGACGUCUUUAAAAAAUGAACUGUAGUAGGUGUUUGUAAUCAGUAAUGAGGGAAUAAGUUGGAAGGCAUACCUGUAGGUGGGGAAUGAAUUUUAUCUAUCCUGAACAUUUAGACUUUUGUAACUGUUAUGAAAUAUUUAUGUACUCCUUGUGAUGCCCUGAAAUGUUUGAAAGUGUGAGGAGAAAAAUCUGAGGAGCCUUGUAUUCUGUUCCCAGUGUGAAACUAUUGCCAUGAUUACCAGAGGGAUUCAGCUCAUUGGUUGUUUCUCAGGACAGGUUGAGGAAAUGUAUCAAGGAGGAGACACAUAGACUCUUUUCCAAUUAAACAAUCGGUUUUAUGUACUAUAAUUUAACUGAAAAAGUGCUGUUGGGUUGUUUUAUAUAUGCACAUUAUAUAUAUAUAUAUAUAUGUAUUAAAAGGUAUGGAAGAAACUUCUGCUUUUGAUUAAACAUUUACUGAUAUGGUAUGGUCAGCUUUCCUCCAACCAUUUUCCUGGCUAAGAGACCUCGCAGACUUACAGCUUUCUACACCUCAGUGAACGGCUGCUGAAUAAAAAAGCUUUGUGAUCCACUUGAAUGAAACAAUUCUACCCAACCACAAUCACCUUUAUUUAUUUUUCCCGUUUUUCCUUGUCUCAUUCACUACCUCUUUUCCUUCUCACAGUGCUGCCAUACUCAGGAAUAGAAUGGCUCCCUACAGAGAGUAUUUUGAUGAGGUAAAAUGAAAAACUGCUCUCCCACGCUGUCAGGACGCUGUACCUAUGGUUCUCUCAAAGCUGUACCCACCAAGGAAGCUUCAUUCACACUUUUAUUUAAGAAAAAGAUUCAGCUGACAUUUUGCUUAGGGAAAAUUUCCAAUUUGCAAACAUUAAAAUCCAAAUGUGAUACAAAAGGAUAUAUAUUCUGCUGGUGUAAUUCUGUUACUCAGCACAGCUUUGCCAAAUACUUGCCUUUUGGGGAAAUGGUCAGUUAUUUUUAUUCCUUUGCAACUGGGAUUCUUUCACGUGCCCUAAGAAUAUAUAUAUUUUCUUUGAAACUCCUUAGAUUAAGUUUGCAAUAUGUCCUACAGGUUUCAAUGCUGUGUCCAAGUAACUUUUUUCUUCUGUGACUUAAAUACUAGUCAUUUAAUAAUUAAUAUUCUACAUAGUCAAAAAGUGGGGAAAAGGUAAAACAGAAGAAUAUCAUAACUACUUUAUAGCUCCAGUGUCCGUUUACUUUAAGAACCUAUCUAAAUCCUCAGCCUAGUACUUCAACUGUAUUCCGAUAAAAAGCGUGAGGUCUCUAUAAAGUUCUCUUUUCAUUUCCUGGGGAACAAUUGCUGUCUGUGGCUUUGUCUUCCUAUGCAGUAAAUGAGUAUCAUCAAGUUAAUGAAAAUAUAGAUGCUAUUUUCAAAGAAAGCACACCAAAAAAGGGAGGAAAGGGGGCAUUAUAGCAGUUUUGGCUAAAUAUAUGGCCAUAUAUAGUAGUUUUACUAAUCAUUUUUGCUUUUAUUGCGUAAUGCAGCCAUCUUCUCAACUCAUACAUUUAUAAAAUGUGAGGUCUCAUACAAUACCCAGAAAAUUGAACAAAGCUGCAGAACACAACCAAUCUACAGCAAAUCUGACCUGUUUGGAACCUGUUUCUUGUAGAGACCGAACAUAAGCACACUAGAAUUUGAAAAUGAAGGUGCAGCUUUACAAUAUACUAAGUUGUCUAAAACAACUGGUAACCUGAAGCACAAAAAUAUUCAGGAUCCAGUGGAUGCUGCCACACUCCAGAAGAGCAGAUGAUAUCACUGUUACAUUGGUGUAUUCACAUAGCUUCCACAAAUGUUCCUCAGAAAAACUCCACGAGAACCAGGCAGACACUGUGAUAACAGUUUGAUAGAAAAUCCUGUUUUCAUGGAAUUGCUUUAAUUCCUGGCAUAUGCCUGUUGAUUACCUAAGUGAUGGCCACUGAGACUACUUUGUACAGCUCCUAGUGCUUCCACCAGAAGGAAAACUCUCUUUUGAAGCACACGGUAGAGCUGCUUGCCUAGAGACUAUAACGGCCUUUAAAUAGACCCAGGGACCCCAUGGGACCCUGUUCCAGUCUCGGCUUUCUUCCUGUGCAAGGCACACAGAUAAGACGUCUACUCCUGACCCAAGAGUUGCUCUCUGUUUUCAGCUAAUGAGCUGUGAAGGGAUGGAGGGCAACAAAAUGUCUUCAGUGGCAGCCAGGUGCAGCUGGUACAAAUGGAACUUAGCAUUAGUACAUGAUAAAGUAGAAGAAAUAAAAUAAAGCCUUCGCUUUUAUUUUGGUUCUGAGGAUGUGUUAUGAAUAUAUAACUGUAACCAUGAUUUACAUUUUUUUUAAAUCGCCCUCUGAUAACAAUAUAUUCACCCUUAUGAACCAAUAACACAUGGCAUCACUAAAUAUAGUUGCUAAUAUAUCUUAACUGUGAAUGUUAUAGAUUGAUGCAUGCUGGUACUUUUGAUUUUGAAGUCACUUGGUGCAGAAAAAGUGAAAUUGAAAGAGACUGCUAAUAAAUCAUCAAAUGGUGCUAAGGAACUUGAAUAAUCCCAUUUUUUAAAUAGCUAUAUGUCAUUAUUUAUAGUUUAAAUUGUCUUUGAGUGUACUCAUUUCAAACAAUUUCAUCUGCCUAUGUAAAAAAAAAGAAAGGAAAAUCUCUUGUAGCAGGGAGUUUGCUGUUUUACUGAGUAAAUAUUUAGAAAUUAUUUUUUGUGGCAGGCACAUGGUCACAUGUAUCAAGUUCUGUCCUUGGGAGGUUUUGCUGGGUUUGCUUCCUUCUUUUUUUGUUCUACAAAAGAUACAAGUAAAGCUUGAAAAUGUAUUGACAAACCAAAGAAGUUUGUUGACACGUUGACAAUAGCUGCUCUCUUCUGUUUUGUCAAAAGUCUACCAUGACAUUUCAGGAAAAUACUUCAUUCCACAACACAUAUAUAGAAAUCCUGUUGGGAUGCAGAAAACUAUAAUCAAGUUUUGUUCUAAGUUAAUAAGACUUUGCUGGAAGAGGGGUUGAAAUUGAGUAUCUGAGGGCAAAAGUGUUUUAAAGUGCUCUCUAUAGCAAUAAUUUAAGUAUAAAAUACAGCCUUCAGGCACCCAUUUAUUUAGAAGUUGCCAAGUGCAGGCAAUCUGUGACGACCCUUACCUGCUUACGGCAAAGAGAAAAAAAGGUCAAUCAUUAAUCAUAUCUGUGUAUUGCAUUUAUCAGAAAAAAAAAAUAUUUCAUGUUUGUUCAGCUACCCAGUCUAACAGGCAAUGCUAUGAGAGGAGGGUUUUUUGAGAUAUUUGAUCUCUAGGAACUGACAAAGCUCAUCAGCCUGUAGCAUAUAAACCUCUACUCAGACUUAGCUCACCAGCCACAUGUGCUAGUUUUCAGCUGGUAACCUAGAAACUGCAGGGUGGUUUUCCAUUAGAAAAUAUAACUGUCUUGAACAGCUGUGUAUUUUAGCAUGAAAUAUAGAAUUAUUUACAAAAUACUAAAAAGGAAGGAGUAAUGAGUUCCAAUUAAUCUCUGCUUUAGUGUUUAAUAUCAGUGUGUUUUGGCUCCUUUUUAUAUCUGCUGCAAAGGAAUAGUGUGGCUUUUAUCCACACACAGAAUGGAGUGAACAGUGGAAAAAGUGUGAGAAGCUGCUCUUUGAUUACAAGAAUAGAUCCAACAGCACUAGAAAAUUUAAUUUUUCCAUACAUCAUCCAAAUACUUGUGACUUUUUCCAAACACACUUAUUACACAACAGGAUAUAUUAGAAUUUUACAUUUUUCACCUCAGAGAACUGGUCAGAAUGCCUGCCUAUGUUUUGUAAGUAGAAGAUAAUGACUGUGCGACACCACUGUAGUGACAUAACUUUAAAAUGAAAGGGCUGGAUGUAUGAAUUCUGCAGUUAUAAGGUCUUGCACUACAUGAAGGGUGCUGUGUUUAUUCUUGAUAUUAUAAAUAAAUGCUCAUUUUUUAUUUUAGAUAAAAAGGUGAGGUGUAUUGAAAGCAAGGACAGGUUUAUGGUAGAAUGAAAGAAACCGUAAAGAAUGCUGACUCCCUUGUAACCAAAAGUUUGUCUCCAUCUCCAGGUCUGUAAAAGGUGAUGGAUGUAGGUGCUUUGUAUUCAGCAAUUAUUUAAAUUGCAUUCUGCUUAGAAACCUAAGUAUUAGAAUCUGCUGGUGAACAGAUGCUAUUGAAGAAAAUGGAGGUUUCACUUUGCAAAGAUCUUUACAUGCUUAUGCAGCUCAACAGAUUUUUACAGACACAAUUAAAACAGAUAUGAAAGUAACUAAGGUUUAAGUAUGAUUAAAUAUAAUUAAACCAUUUUACAAUGUCCAUAUUGUUAUGAAUAUUGCAAGCUGCAAUGGAGACAAUAUUUCCUUUUUAACUGAAUGUAAGCUCAAAAAAUAAUAGGCUCUUUAAUAUGAAGAAGUUAAUCAUUUUAAAUAUCACAUUUAAAGUCCCAAAGAAUGAAAUUCAUUGGGGUUUUUUGUUGCUUUGAUACAGAAAUCCUCAUGAGGUUCAACAGAUUUACUAUGUUCUCUUACAAUCCUGAGAUUGUCAAGUGCAUUAAUAUAUUUUACAGCAGAUCUUUUCCUGUGAGAAUAUUUGACAUGAAUGAAGUUAAUUUUUAAUCAGCUGACACAUUGUUUUCAGUCUUUUUAAAAAUUGUAUGCUAGCAAGACAGAGUGGGCAUAGAAAAUAGCACAAAAUUAAUUGGCUGGUUUGGCAAUUCCAUACCAACAACCAAAAUAAGGUUUUCAGUUAAACAUUUAUUUUCAUCAUGGCUCCUAUACUUAAAACAGAAUAAAUUACAUAAAUAAAAUUAUCCUUGGGGAUGUUAAUUGUUGCAUUUCCUGAGUUUCCAUAGAUGGUGGGCUGUGACAGGAGAUACCCAAAAAAGUUUUUUUGAAAUUGUUUUGAUUUGAGAUGGUUACAAGGAAAAAACACAUUUAAAAAAAGUGUUAUGACUUCUUACCAAAGAAUGAUAUAACCUAACCUUUUAUUUCGUUGAAAAUCAUCAUUACAGAAAGGUAGAGAAAUUUAUGAAAGGAAGUUAAAAAUGGGGUAAGAUAUCAACAGAAAUAAAAACAGAUUCUGUAAUCUUUAAAAAGAUCAGGAGAAAUUGGCAAACACUUCAGCACACAGCAGUGGGCCAUGUUGAGUACAAAACAGUUUCCCAUAGCAUUCAAAUUCUUCUUCUCUUCCUUUAUCAGGAGCUGGAAGCAAAGUUGUGUGUUCAGUCUAAUUCACAGCUCCAGGUUACUCUGGACUAGUGGACUGAAGCCUGACGGGCUCGUUUUCCCUAACCUGGCUGGAAGCUCCAACACCAGUCUGCCUAACCUGCAUUAUGCACUAUAGAAAAAACAGUAUUUUGCACAGUGCACCACCAUUGUUAUUGCACAACUUCGUGAAACUCACUGCAGCCAGAUAUUGCCAAAAAUAUGAUUUAGAAUAUUUCACAGCUGAUUGAAUUCUGGGUGAUAUCUUCCUUUAUGAUCCAUAAAAAUACAUACAGAGGUGCUCAACCUUUUAUUCUUCUAAUUACAAAAUGUUCUGACAGGGUUCUGUAGGAAAGUUCCUUCCAUUCUACCAUUGAUGGGUAAAUUAUAGACGUUUCAAAGAAAAUAAUAAAUGUCUGCUUAAGACAGUUUUAUUUCAGAGGAAAUAAAAACGGUAUUAAAAGAGAUUAAUUUUCAUUCACGUAAAUAUUUCUAACAUAUAUUCCUCUUUUCAAAUACACAUAUAGACAUCAAAACAAACAGAGAAAAGUAUUGAAGAAAGAAAUUGAAAAAAAAAAAAAGAUAUUGUGUUUUUCUUAUAUAUUUCUAUGAUAAGCUAUUGAUCACUUAAAUAAUUUUAUAAAGUUUAGUGGUUAAUGCUACAAAUGAAUUAUUUAGUAUAACAAUCAAAUUGAAUAAACUGUUGAGAGCUGUUAAAUACCCUUUAGAACCACUGAGAUGCUUUUUUUCUUAAACUACAAAGUUGUCUUUUUAAGUAAGCAUAAGGUUAGAAGAAAUACGUCAGCCAUGGCUAGUAAUUCAUAUUAGUUAUUUUAUCUAACUAUACAGGCUAACAAUAUGGAUAGUGUAGAAAUAAUCUUUGGAAACUUGUGUUAGAUAGAUUUGUACACUUUCUUUGGUAUUUGUAGCUCAAACAUUAUAUAUCCUAAAUUAUAUGUAGGGAUAUAUAACUUUAAGACUAAAGCACAGAUAGUAAGGGAAAUCUCCAGCUUUAUAAAUCGAGCCUAAUCAGGGCCAGGAAAUUAGUCAGAGCAGUGGCAUUAGUCAGUCCUGUGGCGUGGUGGCUGACUGCCCCAGUAGUGUCUAGAGAUAGAUAGAGAUAGCUGAGGCUAUCUCAAUUUUCCUGAGGCUCCCCUGCUUUAAAGGAAGUUUUGGCAAACUCAUCACUUGUUUAUCCCACCCAGGUGCUCUUCCUCUUAACUCUCAAUGCAUUGCACUAUUAGAAAAGAACAACAGCAACAACAACAACAACAA